AUGGCCUACUGUUACACCCUGCAUCUCCCUAAGGAUGCAACUUAUGGGCGACUGUCCCGGAGAAUGCUUUAUGCCCUACGUCUUCCGGAGUACGCGGCUUAUGGGCAAAGGUGUGUACGGCCUAUUUUUACACCCUGCAUCUCCAUAAGGAUGCAACUUAUGGGUGAUAAUCCUAUAGGGUGCUUUAUGCCCUACGUAUCUCAAAAUGCAAGGCUUAGGGGAAAGGAGUGUAUGGCCUACUGUUAUGCCCUACAUCUUCUUAAGGAUGUGGCUUAUGGGAGAUUGUCCCGGAGAAUGCUUUAUGCCCUACAUCUUCCAAAGUACGCGGCUUAG